AUUUCCGGCCCCGCCUCUGGGCCGAGCCGGCCGUCCUGCGGCGGCGGGCGGCGACCGGAGUGACCCCCGGGCGGGGAGGACCCGCGGACGGGAAGCCGUGACACGGACGCCCCGCGGGCUUUGCAGCUGCACACGGAGGUCCAGGGCGUUCAGGUUACCGCAGGUUCGGUCUGUGUCCCGGACGUGGCCCCACAUUUACUGAAUGAGAAAAACAAGAUGUGAGAGGAGUGUAGAACGUUCGGGAAGGGCACAUCAGCCGCUGGGGAGGGGAGCUGAGCCGCUGGCUGGGAGUGUUUCUCCAGAAGUCCUUUGCCUUUGAAUCUUGAGCCACGUGACUGUGCCCUCAUUCAGUGACGAAAGCCAAGACAACUGUCGGGGCUUCUACACACUACCCAGGAGGCAGGCACCGUCCACCAUGGGCUUCUUCCAGCCUUUCCUGACUUGUCUUCCCCACCCUUGAAAGACAAAGAGGUGAUCGUCACCUGUCAGUGGUGCAGCAUGAUAAGGGGCCAAAGGACAUUGCCACAAUACAGGUUCCAGCCAUGCCUAGCCUCAGAGCUCGGUCUGAAGAGGCAGAAAUGGAGCCCUCAGUUCCUGGACCAUCCCCUUGGAUCCCUGCAGCCCAGGCCUGUGUGAGUGAUGCUCCUGCUGUGACCCAUGCUGGAUCUACACUCCGUGAUCCCCACUGCUGUGGCUACACUGAGCCAGGAACCACCCCCCCUCACCAUCAGCAGCCAGAUUGGGACACCAGGACUAAGAGCAAGGAAUUUCUUCAGAAGAAAGAAGUUUCUGAGGAUUUGGAAUCACAGGAAGAAAUAUCAGAAAACUAUACCAGUGAUUUUUCCCAGGUGCCUGAGCUUGGAGAACUCUGUGAUGAUGUACUGGAGAGGGAUUGGGGAGCCCCUGACAGUAAGAGACGAGUGCAGUCACUCUACCAGGAGGGGGGCUUCACUCCAAUGGCAGUGCUCCUUAGGAGCCCCUUAGAGAAAGAGCUGGGCUGUGAUGACUUUGUAAGAAGCUUCAGUCUGAGCCCAAACCCAACAGCAUCUCAGGGAAUUCCUACAGAAGAGAGGCCACAUCUGUAUGAUAUGUGUGGCCAAAGCUUCCAGCACAGUAUGGACUUAAGUAGCCAUGAGGAGCAUCACAUAGCUGAAAGCCCACUCAUAUGUAAUGAUUGUGGGAAAACCUUCAGAGGAAACCCUGAUCUUAUUCAGCAUCAGAUAAUCCAUACUGGACAGAAGUCCUUUGUAUGCAAUGAAUGUGGAAAAUCCUUCAGCCAGAACUCAUUCCUUAAAAAUCAUCAGAGGUCUCAUGUGAGUGAAAAACCCUAUCAGUGCAGUGAAUGCAGGAAAACCUUCAGUGUGCACUCAAACCUCAUUAGGCAUCAGAUUAAUCACAGCGGAGAGAAGCCUUAUGUGUGCAGUGAAUGCGGAAAAGCCUUCAGCCAGAACUCAAGCCUUAAGAAGCACCAGAAGUCUCACAUGAGUGAGAAGCCCUAUGAGUGCAGUGAAUGUGGGAAGGCCUUCAGGCGGAGCUCAAACCUCAUCCAACAUCAAAGAAUUCAUUCUGGAGAGAAGCCGUAUGUGUGCAACGAAUGUGGGAAGGCCUUUAGGCGGAGCUCAAAUCUCAUUAAACACCACAGGAUUCACACUGGUGAGAAGCCUUUUCAGUGUAAUGAGUGUGGGAAAGCAUUCAGCCAGAGCUCACAUCUGAGGAAGCAUCAGAGAGUUCACACUGGAGAGAGACCUUAUGAGUGUAAUGAGUGUGGCAAACCAUUCAGCCGGGUCUCCAACCUCAUUAAGCAUCAUAGGGUUCACACUGGAGAGAAACCCUAUAAGUGCAGUGACUGCGGGAAGGCCUUCAGUCAGAGUUCAAGCCUCAUUCAGCAUCGGAGAAUUCACACUGGAGAAAAGCCUCACAUAUGUAAUGUGUGUGGAAAAGCCUUUAGUUACAGCUCAGUGCUCAGAAAGCACCAGAUAAUCCACACAGGAGAGAAGCCGUAUGAAUGUAGCAUCUGUGGGAAGGCCUUCAGCCACAGCUCAGCCCUCAUUCAGCAUCAGGGUGUGCACACAGGUGACAAGCCAUAUGAGUGUGGCGAAUGUGGAAAAACAUUUGGUCGGAGCUCCAACCUUAUCCUUCACCAGCGAGUUCACACCGGAGAGAAACCCUACGAAUGUACUGAAUGUGGAAAAACCUUCAGCCAGAGUUCAACUCUCAUUCAGCAUCAGAGAAUCCAUAAUGGAUUGAAACCCCAUGAAUGUAACCAGUGUGGUAAAGCCUUCAACCGAAGCUCAAACCUCAUUCACCACCAGAAAGUUCACACUGGAGAAAAGCCGUACACGUGUGUUGAAUGUGGUAAGGGCUUCAGCCAGAGUUCACACCUUAUUCAACAUCAGAUAAUCCACACUGGUGAAAGGCCGUAUAAGUGCAGUGAGUGCGGGAAGGCCUUCAGUCAGCGUUCAGUCCUCAUCCAGCACCAGAGGAUCCACACCGGUGUGAAGCCCUAUGACUGCUCUGCAUGUGGGAAAGCCUUCAGCCAGCGGUCAAAGUUGGUCAAGCACCAGCUGAUCCACACCAGGGAGUGAAAUGGAAUGCAGCUCCAUUCUGACUCCUCUGGCCAUGUCCUGGCUUCAUUCACCUUCCAGACUUGAAGCCAGAUUCUUGCUACCCUCUCCCCCUCACAUCCCACUGUCCACAAAGCCCAGACCCUCCUUCCCCUACCAUCACUCCUGUCUCCUAUGACCCCGUGGUUCUUGUUUGUUUUGCUUGUACAUUUUGUUGCCAAACUCCCACAAUUGUUAGGAGGGGAGAGAUGAUAGAUGCUGCGUAUUCAUGAAUAGAGUUUAUUACUAUAAUCAAACAGAACCAAAAAAGUAAACCGAUAUUUGGUUCGAAAUAACCACAGUAACUCUUUUCUUUGGCAAUUAUUCAUAAAGAGUGAAUUCUGGUGCCUAUGGUUAUAAUUGAUACUCUGCUUAUCAGGUCAAAAGUUUUUCAGGUCGAAUUGCAGUCAUCCUUCCCCAGAAAUGGUGUGUACUCAUUACCACCAGUUCCUCACUCUUUCUUGUCCCUCCCAUGUACCCACUAGGUGCAGGAUUCCUGCCCCCUGUCCUUUGUACCUGAGUCUAAGGUCAUGCCUUAUGGUCCCACUUAGGGCUGCUGCACAAUUACACAUACAGCUAUUUCCCACCCUCUGGCUUUGCACCUUACGGUCCUGGUUGUUGGCCCCACAGAGCCCUGCCCUCUGCAUACCCCUCCUGUUCUCACAAGCUCCCAGGCCUGCUCAUCACCAGACAUUUAUAGAGCACCUGUGAGCAUCCGUAGUUGGUGGGGACUGACCCCUCAGUUUCCCAGAGUGUGCCUUUCUCCAUGAGCAGUGGGGGUUGGCCCAGAAACAACACAUCUGCCACUAGAAAGGCUCCUAGAUGCCAGCCAGCAGGUCUCAUCUGGGGGGUGUCCUAGGGUAAGUGGACAGAGAGGCCCCUCCUGUGUUUUUCCAGGAGGAAAGGCAUUAACAGGCUGAUGUAGUCGGGUGUGCAGUUAGGGUAGGAUGGUAAGGGCUUGGCUUCUGUUCUUUCAAGGAAGUAGGAGCAAGGCCAUCAAUUAUAAAUGAGGAAGGAGAGGUUUGAAGGGAAAUAUGGGACAGUUGGCUCAAGGGUGCACAGGUCAGGCUGGGGUUACACUGGGCUGCCUCCCCUUCUCUGAGAGGCCAUCAGAGUAGCCAUCACUGCUCACCCCACUUCAGCCCCACCUUCCCAAGGAAACACCCUAGAUGAGAAACUGCCACAUUUGCAGUUUUGCUUAUAGCAUUGCUGUGCUAACCUUCCAGCUCACUUGUUCCUCUUUCUGCCCCAUGUAGACCUCCCUUUUCUUUCUUACUGUCGGGCAACCCUCUCUGGCUUCACUUUCCCCUUUGUCCACCCUGAGUCCAUCCUUUUCUCCAGUAAAUACUUGUUUGAUGCAUACUACAUGCCAUUUGCUGGGGACACAGCAGGAAACAAGAAAGAAAAACGCCUGUCCUGAGGAUUUUACAUUCCAUUGGGUAGAGAAAAUGGCCUAAUGGUUAUGAUUAUUAUUAAGCAAAAGAAAGCAAGAAAUAAGGUAUGGGUGUUUUGAAGGGGUCUUUUAAAUGAGGCUAUCAGGGGCCUCCCCAAGAUGUCCUUUGAGUUGACAACUUGAAGCAAAUGAGAGAAUGACCAGUGAAGAUGGGAAGUGGGGGAUGACACCAGGAAUAGCCAGUUUUGUUAGGAAGGCAGAGCUGAGUAGUAAAUUAGGAAUGUGCACAUUAAGAGCUGUGGAAGGAGGAGGUACAAGCUACCCACAUAGGUCACCAGGUAGCUCCCUCAGCAUCCAAGCUCCCGUUUUGGGAAAGUGAAAACCCUGGGGUCUUUUUUAUUGAAGGCACAGUUUGAAUACACUCAUACAAAGGAAUUAAAGUCACAAGAUUACUGCACACAGAUCCCAGAAGCAAGGGGCCCAAUGACCCAGGGGAAUGGUGGUCCACCAUCCCAGGUCAUGAAUGAGAAGGGAAUAGGGUAGCAAGCACCUAUUAUUCAGGAGUUGCUUAGGGUAGAGAUCACUAACUAAACUCAAGUUUUGUUUUGUUUUUUAAGAUUUUAUUUAUUAUAGAGAGAGAGAGGCAGAGACACAGCAGAAGGAGGAGCAGGCUCCACGCAGGGAGCCCGACACGGGACUCAAUCCCAAGACUCCAGGAUCACACCCUGGGCUGAAGGUGGCGCUAAACUGCUGAGCCCCCCGGGCUGCCCCUAAACUCAAAUUCUGAUCUCAAUGUCCACACUCUGGGUGUAUGUAGGGUUGUCCUAUGGUAAAAUGCCUGGGCAGUAACUAGAAAAAAAACAGGCUUUUCUCAUCACACCGGUUCAGAGGCCCCGAGCAGAAGCAGACCAAGUGUUCAAGAAUCAUCACAGGUCAGUAUGGCCAGGAGUUGAGUGAGCAGAGGGAGAAGCAGAUGGGGUGGGAGGUAAUGGGCCAUAUCACAAAAGGCCUUAUGGCCAUGAUAAGGACUUUGGCUUUUACACUGGGUGAAAUGGGAGAUGCUGGAGGCUUUUGAUGACUCACAUUUUAACAAGGUCAUUGCUAUGUGGAGAAGAGGCUCUGGGGCAAGCAUGUCCUCUGUGUUCAUCCCUCUUUUUGCCCCUUCCCCUGGCCUCCACAUCAUUGGGAGACUCCCACCCCCACCCCCUGGGGCUGAGGCAUAGCUGUGGGAAGCCACAGUCUAGACAAAGGAGUGUGUGUCAAGCUUCACCGGGCCUUUGUCCCUACCCAGUGUCUGGACAGAUCUGACCAAACUUAGGGGAUUGCUGUCUGCAGCCUGAGGAAUUUUGAUUUUGGAAUAUGUUUCCAAAAAGAACAUGUGGAAAGCAGGUUGUCAACUACAAUUUCUUUUUACUUUCAUGAUGUCCUUGAAAGUGUUUCUUGGGGAACAAGCACUAAGAAGCCUGGGUGCCCCCUCCUUGGGGCCAGCAGAUUUGAAGUCACUGAAACCCUACAGGACAGGAGGAGUGAGGUGUGUGCUGCAGCCUCACCCCCAACCACAGCAAACGCCCAGGCCAGUGCCCUUCUGUUGCCCCUCAAGCCACUUUGGACCUACGCUAGGAUCCCUGCCUUGCUGACCUCAUGCCCUUGUGGUAUGUGUGGCAUUAUGUGUGGCAUUGUCAGUCUUGACCGCUGAACCGAAUUUUGGGUGGGUGGGGGGUGCCCAUCCAUCCUGCAGGUAAUGGUAAGAAUCGAGUUUGGCACUGUGGGCAGGACAGCUGGACUAUGGUGCCCCAGGGCUCCAUCUGCUCAGGCUUCGGCCCCCCAUCCUGGCCAGCGCAAGCCAGCCCACACUGAGCCAUGCCACACGCGCUGCACUCUUAAGUCCAACAGAGCCUUUGUUAGGGAGUAGCUGACCUAAAUCACUAGAUAAUUAAUUGUUGUUUAGGGACAGCAGUACGGGACAGGAGCCCUCCUUAAAGGGGCCCUGAGUUGUGUCUGAUCCCAGGCCUAUGCAUACUUGAGACCAAGGCUGCAACGGACUCUAGCCCAGGGGAGAGACCUGUGGCCAUCGGGUGGCCACUCAGAAGGAGCACAUUUGCAAGGAGGAAUUGGGUGGCAUGCCAAGUGAGGCUCACACUGCAGAGAGCAGAUGCUCCAGUAGGAUCCCUGAAUACUGCUGGUGUCACAACAAAGAUCCGGAGCCUCCGAGUUCUAGGGAAGAACACCCCCAGCACAGCCAAGAGAUUGAUUCAAAUCCAAAUUAAGCCUGUAAAGCAACUAUUGCCAGGCACUUGCCCCUGAUGAUGCUGACCAGAGGUUCUCUGGAAGAAAUCUGUGAACCCGAAUGCAGCAGAGAGGACCACCCCGAAGUACAUCCAGUGACCCCUCCCCCCACAGAAAGGAAAGAAACCCUGCAUAGAAGGUGAAGCAACAAACCAAAACAGGCCCACAAUUUGGCCAACUGAGGGGAUCCCUGGGUGGCUCAGCGGUCUAGCACCUGCCUUUGGCCCAGGGUGCGAUUCUGGAGCCCUGGGAUCCAGUCCCACGUCGGGCUCCUGCAUGGAGCCUGCUUCUCCCUCUGCCUGUGUCUCUGC